CCCGGGCUCGCGACGGCCGAGGGCUCCGUCGGCCCAAACCGAGCUGGGCGCCCGCGGCCCGGGUGACGCCUCCGCUCCGCCCCCCUCAGCACCUUCCCCGGCCCCCGACGUUGCGCCCUCUCCCUCGCUUCUCUGCGCUCCCCAGCCCCUCUCCGGCCUCUGGUCCCGGCCCUCUCUUCUUCCGCAGCCUUCCCUGUGCUCCCUCCCGCCCCCCCCAGCUCCUUGCCUCCAACUCCCUCCCCUUCCACGCCCGCCCUCUCGCCUUCGCCGUCCCAAAGUGGAUUAAUUAUACGCUUUCUGUUUCUCUCUCCGCUCUCCUCUCCCGCUGUGAGCCUGCCCGCCUCUCGCUGUCCUCUCUCUCUCUCGCCCUCUCUUCGGCCCCCCCCCGUUUCACGUUCACUCUGUGUCUCUCACUAUCUCUGCCCCCCUCUAUCCUUGAUACAACAGCUGACCUCACUUCCCGAUCCCCUUCCCCCCCCAAAAGUACAACAUCUGGCCCGCCCCAGCCCGCAGACAGCCCGUCCUCCCCAAACAAUCAGACGAGUUUCCCACCCCCCCAAAAAAAGCCAUCCCCCCGUUCUGCCCCGUCGCACAUUCGGCCCCAGCGACUCGGCCAGAGCGGCGCUGGCAGAGGAGUGUCCGGCAGGAGGGCCAACGCCCGCUGUUCGGUUUGCGAUACGCAGCAGGGAGGCGGGCGGCCCCUGCGCCGGCUUCCAGAUUCCAAUGGGGAUCCCGAUGAGGAAGCCGCUGCUCGUGCUGCUCGUCUUCUUGGCCUUGGCCUCGUGCUGCUAUGCUGCUUACCGCCCCAGUGAGACUCUGUGCGGCGGGGAGCUGGUGGACACCCUCCAGUUUGUCUGCGGAGACCGCGGCUUCUACUUCAGACUUCCAGGCAGGCCGGCGAGCCGCGUGAACCGCCGCAGCCGUGGCAUCGUGGAAGAGUGCUGCUUCCGUAGCUGCGACCUGGCCCUGCUGGAGACCUACUGCGCCACCCCCGCCAAGUCCGAGAGGGACGUGUCGACCCCUCCGACCGUGCUUCCGGACAACUUCCCCAGAUACCCCGUGGGCAAGUUCUUCCGCUAUGACACCUGGAAGCAGUCCGCCCAACGCCUGCGCAGGGGCCUGCCGGCCCUCCUGCGCGCCCGCCGGGGUCGCGUGCUCGCCAAGGAGCUGGAGGCGGUCAGAGAGGCCAAGCGUCACCGACCCCUGAUCGCCCGUCCCACCCGAGACCCCGCCGCCCACGGGGGCGCCUCUCCCGAGGCGUCCGGCCAUCGGAAGUGAGCCAAAUUGUUGUAAUUCUGCGGUGCCACCAUCCACCUCGUGACCUCCUCUCGACCGGGACCUUGUCCAUCAGGUCCCCCUUCUGAAAUCUCUGUACCCUUCUGUCUGCGGGCAUCUCCGCCCCGGGCCCCGUGCCCCAACCUCCCCAUGUCAGGCUAGUCUCUCCUCGGCCCCUUCCAUCGGGCCGAGGGCAUCCAAACCACAAACCCAAUUGGCUUGGUCUGUAUCUCCCCCCAAAUUAUGCCCCCAAUUAUCCCCAAGUUACAUACCAAAAAUUGAACCCCUCAACCACACCCACAUACAAUCAGCCCCCUUAAAACGAAUUGGCAUCUUUAAAACACCAGAAAAGCAAAUUAGCUUUAAAAAAAAAAAACACCCAAAAUAUCAAUUAGCUGAAAAAAAAAAUACUAAAAAUAAAUUGGCUUAAAAACAAUUGGCAAAAUAAAAGAAUUUGGCCCCCCCCUUCCUUCUCUUUCUUUUCGGACCUUGAGUUAAAUUGGCUGUGACCCAUCAUCCAAGAGAAAGGAAGGGACCAAAAUUUGCAGGUAGGCUUGUCGCCGCUCACAGCCAUCUCCCUCCUCCUGCCACACCCUCGCCGGCCACUGGCGGUGUGGCACCAGGGACCCAGUCCCGUCCUCUCUCUAGUCCCAUGACCGAGACCGCGGUGGAGUUGGCUGGGAGACCCCGUGAGAUCAGAGGAGGGGAGCACGGAACCAGAAACCCAAACCUGCGCAGGUACAACAUGACUGGCCCCCCGCACGGCCCAAGACCGCUCAUCUCAGUCUCCACUUUAAAAAGUACACGUACCCACACGCAUCCCUGCAGAAACACACACACGCACGCAUGCGCGCACACGUGCGCGCGCACACCCACCCGCACAUGCAUCCACACACACUCGUGCGUACACACACACACACACACGCACACACACACACUCUCUCUGUGGGAUCCCUGAGCCCAGCUGUUUAGAUUAGACCCCGGUCCGUCCCAAAUUCUUCUCGAAGCUGUCCCGAGAUGAGGUUUUCGUGUCCUGUGCUCUCCUCCCUUCCCCUGGGAUGCGCCCGAGGGUGGGAGAGGGUGUGUCCCAGGGCUCAGCAGGCGGUCCCAUCUUCCCGAGACGGGAGAGAUCCCCUCCUUCUCGGCGCCUGUCCCCACAGCCCCCACAGACCCCCCCCCCCCGGCAUGGCACCCAUGCACCUGCCAUCGUGCCCAGUAGGGGAUGGGUUUGGCGAGACUGGAGAUGGCUGUAGCCAGUGAGACAUGCCCUGCCACGUAGCCUGACCCCCUGGGUGUGCUCUGUGAGAUCUGGGGACCCCAGCACACCUAGGGAUCAUCUUUGCCAGCCUCCUGGGGAGCCUCUCAGAAAUGGGGGCCCCCAGAAGGCUGGCAAAGGUGAUGGGGAGCGUGGGAAGUCUGGCGGUUGGCGGGGUGGGUGGGGGGCAGUGCGGGCUGGGUGGGGGGUGCUCCGGGGUCAGAAGUGGUCCAGCAAGGUUUUGGACAAAAAGUCAGGAGGAAGGAGUGACGAGGAGACUUGCAGAAUUACAGGUAGAAUCAGGAACCCACAUCGACGCCAAUUGAUCUAUUCCCCCCUUUGAUUGUUUUCUCCUGGGGCUUUUUUCCUUUUUUUUUUUUUUUUUUUUUAAAUCCCUCCUUAGCUUUUUACGCGCUCAAUACCAAAUUAAACUUACUCCCCACCCCACGUAACAGGGGGGCGGUGACCGAAGGACGAGGAGCACACGAAGCCACCAUCCGUCACCUUGGCGGCACCAGCCGCUGUCCUGCCCUCCGCCAUUUAUCGCCCUUGAUUUGAUUUUUGUUUUGCUCUGUCCCUGUCGCUUGGGUGGAGUGGAGAGGGGAGCCUCUGUGGGGGUGCCAGCCACUGCGCCCCCCAGAGACGUCAGGGGAAUGGAGACGGCUGCUGCCCAGCCUGGCUCCCGGGGAUGGUGGCUGGUCCUCGGGGGUCCUGAGGGGCGGAGGAGGGGGCCUGGAGGUGUCUCCCCAGGUGUCAGGAAGGUGCUCGGUGGCCACCAGGGUGGGGCCCCCGGCUGGCCCACCGGCCGGGGGGGAAGGGGCUGCAGAGGCUUGAGUGAGGGGCUCCAUCGGGCGGGAGCAGGUGGCCGCCUUCCGUGCACUUGGGAGUCCUCUCCGCACCCCUCGCUGACACCGCGCCCGCCUCUCAGCGCCCCGUCUGGCCCCCAGAAAGCUCAGAGCUCCGCGGGGCUUCCUGGGGUCCAGGCGGGGUGAGGUGGGGCAGUAGGAGAGGUCCAGAGGGAUGAGCCCUGCUGAGCAAGAGAGCUGCGAGUGUGUGCGACAGCUGGGGUCACCCGGGCCCCGAGGCCCUCGGGUCUGGCGGUACCGACCCAGCCACCGUCUCGGCGCCUAGGGCUGCGGCAGGGACCCCGGGCGGCUGGGAGGUUUACCUCACCCCCGCCUCUGCCCCCAGCGCAGCCCCCCUGCACGGCAGCCCGACUAGCCAGCUAGAGGCCCAAAGCUUCUGGGCCCCGGUGACGGGGCUGGCACGACCCUGGGGGCGGUCCGUGCCAGCCCACCCGAGGCACAGAGGACCCUCGGCCGGCGCCCGGGGAGUGGGCCAUUCGGACCAUUGGACAGAAGCCCAAAGAACCAAAUUGUCCCCAUUGGAGACUGGACAGAUUGGCCUGAGAUCCAAAGCGCAAGGUACCCCAAAUUUCUGCCCACUCAGCCGGACGCCCGUGCACCCCAGGCUACCUUUGCCUCGCUCUGGGUGCGGGCUCCGGGGGCGUCGGCCGAGCCUCCUCUGUGCCCCCAGCGAGCAGCUCUCCAAGGGUCGUGACCAUCAGACCCCGGGCCCCCUCUGACCUCCGUGCCCUGCUGGUGGCCCUCCAACUGUCUCCUCCUGAGGCUCCCUGGCCGUCUUCAGCGGGACCCCCUCUCGGGUCCCCGCAGCAUCGCCGAGGACCCCCACGUGCGGACCACCGAGUGUCACCUUGCCGGCCGCCCAGCCCACCUCGCGGCCGUGUUCGCCUCCACUCGCCCCUAACAUGCUGGUACUUCUGGCAGAAUCCACCGCUUGGGUCCUGUCUUUAACCUUUAAUGCUCGCAGUCCCAAUAAAGCAUUUAAAUUUA